AAAGCAUUAAGCUACUCACUAGAAGAUAAUGAUCAAAACGAUUUAGACGAACUUAUCUUAACUUAUAUUGCUAAAAAAGAAGAAAUUCGAAAUACUCAAACUCAACAAAUACCUGUUAAAGAAUAUCAAGCUUCAGGUCAAAUUAAGCUGUCUGAUGGGCGUGUUUAUGAUUAUGAUGAUAUUGAGGAUCCAGUAGCACACAAGGGUAAAGGUAGACCCCCAUACAAACGGUUGAAGGCUUUUAAUGAAGAAACAAAUAUGGCUAGUAGUAGCAGUAGUAAAGCACAACAUGAUAAUGUUGACAAUGAUGGUGAAACUAGACGUAGAUGUGGAUUAUGCCAUAAAACAGGGCAUUAUGCUCCUAG